CGUUCAGCCGUUGGGCUUUGGCCACUCAGCCAGCGCUCACCAACUCACCGAGUGUCCGAGUCGUUGGCUUGGCUUGGCUUGGCUCCGCCCGUUGGCAUCGUCUACUCGCCGAAAACCUCGCCGAGUCCCUGCCCUCCCUGGGCGGUGGGCGCGGAAACCCUUCGUCUGUUCGCUAAACCUUGGCGGCCGGAUCUCCCACCUUCAGAAUCCAUCUGGUCUCCUCUAUAAAAGCGCUGGGAGGAUCUGCCGACUUUGCCGUCCAUAGGCGGCGUCUCUCCGGUGUCCUGCGUCUGCGCCGCACACAUCCCCCACUCUUCUUCCAGUGAAACAGUUCAGGAUAGCAAGCAAAAAUGUUAAAGUAUCUCACUGAACAGUAAGGCGGAAGGCGCGGCCGUGUGCCCGUGCCCAGCGCGGCGAGGGCUAGCCCAAUGGCCUGCACGUCUCUGGCCAGCAUGGGCGUAGGGGCAACGGUCCGGCGACGGGCAGUUCUUGAGAGAUCGAGUGAUCCUUUCUCUCCUCGUCCUUGGCGGCGCAUAGCAGAUUAGCAGGUGACGAAGAGAUGUAAGGGUAAAUGUGAGUAUAAAAUACGUGGAAAUAAAUUAGAAAAGUGAAAAAAUACGAUAAAUGGUAGUAUAAUCAAUUGGAAGAUGUUUAUUGUCCCGUUUUUACAAAAUAAAUGUUUUGGAUGGUAUUAUUGCGAAACGUCAUAUUUGAAGUCCCAAAAAAUUGUCUCGUUAGGAAAGUCAGUUGGCUUGGAAGUUGAAACCAUAUGGAGGCUUGAUUGUUUUUCCCAAGAUUUUGGAACUAAUGUGUCUGCUACCCAAACACCUGCAAUCGUGCCUGUAUUUCUUUUGUGCUUUCCUACAUGUAAUGCCAUUUUGUGGCCAUCGACGAAGCACAGCUAAUGUUUUUUUUUGCCAAAUGCCAAUUUAAAGGCAAAAACUCUCCUGGAAUUGAUUGUUGAGGCAUCACAGAUUGCAUUUGCCAGUGCAAGCAAAUUUCAGAGAUAAGGAUGGCAGCACAACUACUUUUCUCCAAUGCUUCCAGUUGCCACUGCCCAUUAGGCAUUUCAAGGAUAAACGUUGGGAAGACACUUCUUGGUGAAAGUGCAAGUUUUCAGAGAAAGAAGUCGUUUUCUGGUGGUUCCUAUCGCUUUUCUCGAUUUGAUUGCUCUGCGAACUCCCGCCGAGCUGGGCCAAGGCGCACCAAGGAUACUUUAUAUGACCUUCACCCUGAGAUCUCCUUGCUUUAUGGAGAAGAUAAUGGUGCAGCUACCUUAUCCAGCAAAGAGCAGGGUAUUGACACUACAGCUGAAAGAUUGGUGGACACUUCUCCCUCUUACCGCUAUAAUGAGCCCAGGAUUAAAGUCAUAGGGGUUGGAGGUGGUGGCUCCAAUGCUGUGAACAGGAUGAUUGAAAGCUCCAUGAAGGGUGUGGAAUUCUGGAUUGUGAACACUGAUUUUCAGGCUAUGCGGAUGUCACCCAUUGAACCAGAAAAUAGGUUACAGAUUGGCCAAGAAUUGACACGUGGUCUUGGUGCUGGUGGGAACCCAGAAAUUGGCAUGAAUGCAGCCAAGGAAAGCCAGGAGUUGGUAGAACAGGCAGUUGCUGGUGCCGAUAUGGUUUUUGUGACGGCUGGAAUGGGAGGUGGGACAGGCACUGGUGGAGCACCUAUUAUUGCAGGGAUUGCAAAGUCCAUGGGUAUAUUGACUGUUGGAAUUGUCACAACCCCAUUUUCAUUUGAGGGAAGAAGGCGGGCUCUUCAGGCACAAGAAGGAAUUGCAUCGUUGAGAAGCAAUGUUGAUACACUGAUUGUAAUUCCAAAUGACAAGUUACUGACUGCUGUGUCCCCAAAUACUCCUGUGACAGAAGCAUUCAAUUUAGCAGAUGAUAUUCUUCGGCAAGGUGUUCGUGGGAUAUCAGAUAUAAUCACUGUGCCAGGUCUGGUGAAUGUGGACUUUGCUGAUGUUCGAUCAGUUAUGUCAGAUGCUGGCUCAUCAUUAAUGGGCAUUGGAACAGCAACAGGCAAGACACGAGCAAGAGAUGCCGCACUCAAUGCCAUACAGUCUCCUCUACUUGAUAUUGGUAUUGAAAGAGCAACUGGAAUUGUAUGGAAUAUCACUGGAGGGAAUGAUCUAACCUUGACAGAGGUGAAUGCUGCAGCUGAAGUAAUCUAUGAUCUUGUUGACCCUGGUGCAAAUCUGAUUUUUGGCUCUGUUAUAGAUCCGUCAUACACUGGUCAAGUGAGCAUAACUCUAAUUGCAACUGGUUUCAAACGCCAGGAGGAAAGUGAGAGCCGGUCUUCACAGGCUGGAGAAGACAGCAACCGCGGUCGCUCGGGCUGGUUUUCUCCCACUUCCCAGGAGGAAGGUCAUGCAUUGCAGAUCCCGGAGUUCCUACAGAGGAAAGGGCGUCCAGGGUUUCCACGAGUCUGAACACACUUUGGUUCAAUGUUUUUCUUGUCAUAGUUUGGUACGAUGUAGGUUUGGUUUCUGGGUCUCUUAGUUAGCAAGGUAGAGCAGAUGUUCCUGAACCGCAUACUAAUCUGUGUGCAAACUUCGUCGCCUGAGUACAUUGGCUGGGCUGCUUUGCUUCUCAGGAACCUGCAGUAGGUCUCAAUUUGCUAGUUAUUAUGAUUAAAAGACAUCGCUGAGACCAAAUUAUAACGUUCCGUGUGAAGAAUUACUGGCUCACUGCCAAUUUCCUUUCCUUUGCGGCA